UCCGGGUGGCCGCGGGCUGGUCGGGGCCGGGACCGGGGCGGCGGCCGGGGCGCGGACCGGCGCGGGGACGGAAUGAGGGCCGACGGCCCGGGGGGCUGAGGCGCCCGCCGCCUGCCGCGGGGCCGCGCGCGUCCUCCAUGGAGGCCGGAGAGGAACCGCUGCUGCUGGCUGAACUCAAGCCUGGGCGCCCCCACCAGUUUGAUUGGAAGUCGAGCUGUGAAACCUGGAGUGUCGCCUUCUCCCCAGACGGCUCCUGGUUUGCUUGGUCUCAAGGACACUGCAUUGUCAAGCUGAUCCCCUGGCCACUGGAGGAGCAGUUCAUCCCUAAAGGGUUUGAAGCCAAAAGCCGAAGCAGCAAAAAUGACACAAAAGGGCGAGGCAGCCCAAAGGAGAAGACUCUGGACUGUGGGCAGAUUGUCUGGGGUUUGGCCUUCAGCCCAUGGCCUUCUCCACCCAGCAGGAAGCCCUGGGCACGCCAUCCUCCCCAAGUACCAGACGUGUCUUGCCUGAUCCUUGCUACAGGACUCAACGAUGGGCAGAUCAAGAUUUGGGAGGUGCAGACAGGGCUCCUGCUUUUGAAUCUUUCCGGCCACCAGGAUGUUGUGAGAGAUCUGAGCUUCACACCUAGUGGCAGUUUGAUUUUGGUCUCUGCGUCUCGGGAUAAGACUCUUCGCAUUUGGGACCUGAAUAAGCAUGGUAAACAGAUUCAGGUGUUAUCAGGCCACCUGCAGUGGGUUUACUGCUGUUCCAUCUCCCCGGACUGCAGCAUGCUUUGCUCUGCAGCUGGAGAAAAAUCGGUGUUUCUAUGGAGCAUGCGGUCCUACACAUUAAUCCGGAAGCUAGAGGGCCAUGAAAGCAGUGUUGUCUCUUGUGACUUCUCUCCUGACUCUGCCUUGCUUGUCACAGCUUCUUACGAUACUAACGUGAUCAUGUGGGAUCCUUACACUGGCGAGAGGCUGAGGUCACUCCACCACAGCCAGCUCGAACCCCCCAUGGAUGACAGUGAUGUCCACAUUAGCUCCCUGAGAUCUGUGUGCUUCUCUCCUGAAGGCUUGUACCUUGCCACCGUGGCAGAUGACAGACUCCUCAGGAUCUGGGCCCUAGAACUGAAAACUCCAAUUGCAUUUGCUCCUAUGACCAAUGGUCUUUGCUGCACAUUUUUCCCACAUGGUGGAGUUAUUGCCACAGGGACAAGGGAUGGUCACGUCCAGUUCUGGACAGCUCCUAGGGUCCUAUCAUCACUGAAGCACUUAUGCCGGAAAGCCCUUCGAAGUUUUCUCACGACCUACCAAGUGCUAGCACUGCCAAUACCCAAGAAAAUGAAAGAGUUCCUCACAUACAGGACUUUUUAAGCAAUGCUACAUAAUCUUGUUUUUUCUGUAGCAGGAUAAAUCUCCCUGGCAAAGGAGUAGCUGGAAUAAUGGGCCAAACAUCUAGUCUUGGAUUGAAAUAGAAUAUUUCUCUUUGGGACUGUGGAUAGAAUGUAGCAAAACCAGAUUCCAGUGGACUAGUCAUGGGUCUUUUUCCCCAGGACAUGUGAAAGUCAGUCAUAGAGGAGGGAUUCCACUUCGUGGCCACAGAGCCUUAUCUUAAAUCUUCAGUCCACUUAUAAACAAUUUUGAAUUCAUUCUAGUAGCUUUGAUUCAAAAUAGUUACUGAUGUUUUGGUAAGAGGAGUUGACUAGGCCUCAAGACCCUCUCUAGUGGCAAAGGGGUUUAAAGUCCCUCUGCUGGGAUGUGUGGCUUCUGCCUGGUUCUUGUGCUUCAGAUGCAGCAGUGGCAUUGUUUAAAGUUCUCUCCUGUUGUGUCAGAGUUGCUUUGGUGUUGACAAGUCUUUCCUUCCUCUAGCUCCCCUCUGACCAGCGGGACAGUUUUCAUGGAGCAGCCUCUGGUAUGAGGUAUUAACUUAGCUUAACUAAAUUACAGAUGACUCAGAGGCUGUGCUCCUGACUGAUACAGACACUAUAAUUGGCUUUUUUUGUUUUUUUUUUUUAAACAGUGGUGUGCAUGUGCAGAUAACAAAUUUAUAUGCCAGGAUACUCAAGUAUUCCUAAAUUGCAUGACUGUUCAGAUGGCUGAGUUGUCAGUUGUUUGCCUUUCAUUAGCAUAUUUAUUUGUAUUUUCUCAACAGAUGUUAAGGUACAACUGUGUUUUUCUUGAUGGUAUCUAAAAACCAUAGUACUGAAGUCGAACAGUUGUGAAGAAUGUUUCCUUGAUUGUGUAAAGAAUUGGUGGUAUCAUCACUUCACCUGAUAACUCUCAUGUAUGAGGUCUGACUUUGCUGCUUCACCUCAUUGGACUAAUGAGCCAGUUUCAGUUCUAGCCCUAAACAAAUACAGCUCCUUAAAAGUACUGUUCUCCUUCAGUGACAUAUAGUUAUCUAAUGAAGACACCUCAUUCAAACAAAAUCUGCCUUUGGAAAAUUUUAAUAUAUUUUAAAUUAUUUUAAAAGAAAUGCAACAUCUUAUCCUUUGGCUUUCUUAAUAGGUGCUUUUUGGAGGCCAGUGUAACAAAAUGUGUUGAAAAGUAGGAGUCUCUACUGCCUUUGUUGCUGAAGAAAAACAUUUCUUUUCAAGAUGAGAAACUUUCAUUGAAGGAAAAAGUUAAAAGCUUUUGGCUCUCCGUUUCAUUUUUUCCAUUAAGAAAAAAAAAUCACCUUUAAAACAAAUGAGUACAACAGGACAGCUGGGAAUGGAUUGGGCAAGUUUUUAAUCUUGUGGUUAUCUUGAAAAAUCAGUGUAGUCUAGGGGGCUCUGGGAGGCUUCCUUGAGGCCCCACUUAGCCAUUAGCUUCAAACUUUGCUGGUGUCCUUGGGGAGCAAGUCCUAUGUGAACGAUGGAAAUAACUGACUUCUCCCUUUUGAGUGUCAGAAUUUGACACCUUUACAAAGAAUAGCCUCCAAAGUUUAUUCUGUGAUACCAGAGAUGGAGGUUUUCAUAUAGAUGCAAGUUGAGUAAGUCAAGUGUGUAUAACUAAGGGAGGAAGAUCACUUGCAACACAACCAAGAAAGCUGCUUUAUUUCCUCUAUGAAGAAUGACGUAAAUGCAGCAGGACUGCUGUAAAAUGCUACUUGUACACAGGUCAAAUUCCUCCCACAGGUGCAGAUUUAGAGUCAGCCUCCCUCUCCUGUGCCAUCCCUACAUUAAACACAUGAGUGCUGUACAACCUCUGGCCCGUAAUGACACAAAUUGAAAGUUUACUGUCCAUCGACAAUUAGGAACCUGCUAGCAACUCCUCUACUUCAAGAGGAGAAAUAAAGACCAAUUUUUAAAGUAUAAGAA